CGUCCGCGCAUUCCACUCAAGUCUUCGUGCGGGGAAGGCGGGCAGUCUGCGUCCAGCAGCCGGUCUCGAGCCACACGCAGGUCCUCACAGAGCGCUGCUGGCGAGAAGCGACAGAGCGACAGACGGGACAGACAGAGAAAAAAAGUGUCCGGCUGGGCUGCGCCGGCGACUCCUCCUGCCAUUUAAAGUGCCGAGAGGGCUGCCAAGCCGCCAGCCCCGACCAGGAGGACUCCGAACGAGCAGCAGGAUGAGAAGAAGCCUUUGAAGCGGCGAGCAGGUCCGCUCAGGUCCGCCACAGUCACGUCACGUCCGAAGCCGUCCUUGUCAGAAGGAAUAUGCGAGGAGAUCACGUGCUCUUCCUCGUCCUCCUGCCCGUCAUGAUGCCCGAGACAGGUGUCGGUGCCCAGCGGCGAGGAACGGACAGCAGCGGCAGGAGGUACAACCGCAUCCAGCACGGCCAGUGCUCCUACACCUUCCUGCUUCCCGAGAACGACGGCAACUGCCGAGAAGGCGCCGCCGAGCCGCACAGCGCGAACGCCCUGCAGAGGGACGCGCCGCAGGUGGACCAGGAGUUCUCCACGCAGAAGAUCCAGCGCCUGGAGCACGUCAUGGAGAACUACACGCAGUGGCUGCAGAAGAUUGAAAAUUACAUUCAAGAAAACAUGAAGAAUGAGAUGGUGCAGAUUCAGCAAAAUGCAGUCCAGAACCACACGGCCACCAUGUUAGAGAUUGGCACCAACUUGUUAAGCCAGACAGCGGAGCAGACACGAAAGCUGACGAACGUUGAAACCCAGGUGCUGAACCAGACGACCAGACUGGAAAUCCAACUUCUCGAGAAUUCGUUGUCCACCAAUAAGUUGGAGAAGCAGCUGCUGGUCCAGAUGAACGAGAUCAGUAAACUCUUUGAGAAGAACAGAUUUCUAGAGAAUAAAAUCCUAGAGAUGGAGGACCGGCACCGACUGGAGCUGGAGACCCUGCGUGCCGAGAAGGUGACCUUCCAGAAUUUGGUGGGACGCCAGAGUAACAUCAUUCAGGAGCUCGAGAAACAACUCAGCAAAGCCACGAGCAACAACAGCAUCCUGCAGAAGCAGCAGCUGGACCUGGCAGAGAUGGUCCACAACCUCAUAAAUCUGUACGCCAAAGACGGGGCAGUGCCAAACAGCACAGAAAAGGAAGACGAGGAGAAGAAGUUCCGAGACUGUGCCGACAUUUACAACGCGGGCUUCAAUAAAAGUGGCGUCUAUAACAUUAACAUCAACACCCUGUCAGAACCCAAAAAGGUUUACUGCAAUAUGGACGUCGCUGGCGGCGGGUGGACGGUCAUUCAGCACCGAGAAGAUGGCAGUGUGGAUUUUCACCGAAUAUGGAAAGAGUAUAAAAUGGGAUUUGGGAGUCUCUCCGCUGAGCACUGGCUUGGAAACGAAUUUGUCUUUCUGCUGACCAACCAAAGAGAAUACUCGCUGAGAAUCGAGCUGACCGACUGGGACGGCAAUCAAGCGUUCUCUCAGUACGACCGCUUCCACAUCGGGAACGAGAAGCAGAAUUACAGAUUGUUUCUCAAAAGCCACAGUGGGACCGCUGGCAAGCAGAGCAGCAUGGUCAUCCAUGGGGCCAACUUCAGCACCAAGGACGCCGAUAACGACAACUGCAUCUGCAAGUGCGCCCUGAUGCUGACCGGAGGUUGGUGGUUCGAUGCCUGUGGUCCUUCAAAUCUUAACGGAAUGUAUUACAGCCUCGGACAGAACCUUGGCAAACUCAACGGUAUCAAGUGGCACUACUUCAAAGGGCCCAGUUACUCCCUGCGCGCGACGACCAUGAUGAUUAGACCUCUGGACUUCUAAAUCAGCCCUGGCGUUACAAGAGCGACUACUGCCAGGCAGGCUUUUCAACCAACCAAGGGACAGGAAAAGCGAGACUUCCUCGAGCCGCAAAGGAGUGAGCCGGUGACGGGGUUUGAAGCGGUGAAUCGUGAUUGGCGACGCUCACGCUUAUUACCUGGCUGAUUGACGGCACGUUGCCUGCCAGACUUUGUGAUUUCAGCCCCGUAACUAAUUCUGCACGUCCUUCUUGAUACAGAAGUGAAAGCUCAUCGUUUAAGGAGUCACUUUUAGGGAGAUGGAUGAACUCGGACGUUACAAGCCCUUCGUGAGAAGGGAAGCAACGCCACGUGGAGCCACCAAGUGAGCCAGCACAUCCGAGCUCAGAGGGACAAUGGCACGUGGUGCCUACUCAGACUUUUCGAGCUUUCGAAGGUGGCGUUGGCGCUCAUAUCUUCAGUGUAGCCCUCGUUUUCCUUGCUGCAUGAGUCACUUACCCGGUACUGUUGUCGUAUUGAUAUUCUUCUGGAAAUCUCCGAUUGACUUGGUGUCACGUGUCUGUCAUCUCGAAAAUGUCAGUGCUACUAAAUGAGGAGCCCUUCACCCAGCGGGGCUGUUUUAUCGCAGAUUUGCGGGAGGCCCGUCCUCUGGGAUUUGUCUUCUUUUCCUGUACUGAGGUGAAUAUCAAGUCCUUUCCAGUUACUCUGUAUGUCUUUGCAUAGCCACAUAUAUAACUUUAAAAGAAAUGCGUUCACUUUGUGUUAUCCAGUGUAAAGGUGACAUCAUAAUCGAGUAUCCACGUUGAAGCAUUUCUCACUCGUCAGGUGGCGCCUCGAGUGGGCGCAUCGCCGCCGUUAAGGAGCCACCGGUGAGGUGUGAGCUCCAAUCAAGAUGAAGGAGUCGCCGGCUUACGGCUACUUUUGCUAGAACGUCCUCAUAACUCCUAGAACGUCUUUCAUGUAGUUUUGUGUCUUCUCGGCCAUGUUGCCCUUCUUUCUACUAAUAUGAACUGACCGGCAGGUCCUUAAGUUAUUUCCUGUUUUGUACUCUCUGUGAAUAUGCAUGUGUCAGCUUUUGUAUAGCGCUACUCUGCUCUACGGUACGGCCUUCAUCAGAUUCUCCUAAAAUAAAACACAAAAGGCAAAGCGCCCCAAA